AUGUGUGGGAUCUUCUUCUCCUUGAGUCAAGCUGGAUCGGUAUCCCCCAAUGAGGAGACUUGUUGUUUAUUGCGCAACCGAGGUCCGGACAGCUUUCAAGCCCACACAUUCCAGUAUGAUGCGCACGCCGAUCAGGCCGAUGCAAGGGUCUCUCUCUGCCUCACGUUCGUCUCCACCGUUCUGUCCAUGAGAGGCGACCAUGUCGUGUCCCAGCCUCUCAUCGACACCGCCACCCAGUCCGUGCUUUGCUGGAAUGGGGACGCCUGGAAGAUUGCAGGCAAUCCAAUCCAGGGCAAUGAUACGGAGGUAAUUUUCAAUCUCUUACUGGAGGCUACACAACCUUCUACCGAGGCGACCACGCCGAGUGAUACCGUGCAGAAUGUUGCAGAUGUCCUCGGUAGUAUUUCAGGGCCUUUUGCUUUUGUAUUCUAUGAUGCAGUCAACUCUAGGCUAUUCUUCAGCAGAGACUGCCUGGGAAGACGCUCUUUGCUCCAGGGCUGUGACAAGACAGGCUCUCUCAAGAUUUGCAGUCUUUGCGAUGGGACGUCCACAACUCAUUUCGAGGAAGUUCUCACGGACGGAAUGCAUAUGAUUGAUUUGACCCAAAAUGUUUUCCAAUGUGUCCCUGAAGCCAGCACCGGCACUAAUGUUACUUUCAAAGCUGAAAGCAUUCAAACAAUACCCUGGGACAAUAGCGACUCGUCCACGGGGCAUCAUCUGAGGAACCCAAUCCCCCCCAUGAAUAUGUCUACCCCAGAUGGGGUUCCCCCUCAGCUAAGUGUUGAGUCUCCUUCUGUCAGCAAUCUUGAACAGAAGCUCCGCCAAUCUCUCGCUUUAAGAAUCCAGAAUGUCAGAGCGCCUCCUGGAGCUACGGCAGAAAACAAUGUUAAAGUUGCUGUUCUGUUUUCCGGAGGUCUCGACUGCACUCUGCUUGCUAGAAUUGCAAAUGAGCUCCUACCACACGAUGAGACCAUUGAUUUACUGAACGUUGCAUUCGAGAACCCCCGGGUCGCUGCCGCUGCCGGCAAAGAAGCAAAGGCAGUCUCGGUGUACGAAAAUUGCCCCGACCGCAUCACCGGCCGAGGAGCGUUUGCAGAGCUACAAGAGAUCUGUCCCGAUCGCAACUGGCGGUUUGUGGCGAUUGACAUUCCCUACGUGGAGACGGUUGCACAUCGUGACACAGUGAAACGGCUGAUGAGGCCUCACAACACAGAGAUGGAUUUGUCUAUUGCAUGUGCGUUGUAUUUCGCGUCGCGUGGACAAGGAUUAGCAGUUGACAGUCGACCAACCCACUCCGAACCCGUCCCGUAUACGACGCCCGCGCGUGUGCUACUCUCUGGUCUUGGAGCCGACGAGCUUUUUGCGGGAUAUGCACGGCACGGGAUGGCGUUUGCGCGAAAUGGGUUUGAAGGACUCAUUGAGGAGAUCCACCUGGAUGUGAGUCGUCUAGGUAAGCGAAAUCUCGGCCGUGACAACCGUGUUAUUGCCCACUGGGGCCGCGAAGCACGAUUCCCAUUCUUGGACGAGGAAUUCGUGGCGUACGUGUCGCAAGCUCCUGUCUGGGAGAAGUGCGGAUUCGGGGUUCCUGGCUCGGUAAAAGAAAGCGCAGAGGACACAUCGCUAGAAUCCGGGCUUGACUCGGAGAAGAAGGCGCUUCGUCUGGUGGCGCUCAUGCUGGGAAUGAAGCAGGUAGCUCGCGAAAAGAAACGCGCGAUCCAGUUUGGGUCCAGGACCGCCAAAAUGGAGAAGAGUAAAGUUAAAGGGACGGAUGCUCUCAGCUGA